GUCGCGCCGAACGUCGCUUCCGGAGCAGCAUGGCGGCCACUGAGGACGAGAGGCUGGUAGGGAGCGUUGAGGGAGAGCGGCUGGAUUUUCUGCGGGACCGGCACGUGCGGUUCUUCCAGCGCUGCCUCCAGGUCUUGCCGGAGCGCUAUUCUUCGCUCGAGACCAGCAGGUUGACAAUUGCAUUUUUUGCACUCUCCGGACUGGAUAUGUUAGAUUCCUUAGAUGUGGUGAACAAAGAUGAUAUAAUAGAGUGGAUUUACUCCUUGCAGGUCCUUCCCACAGAAGACAGAUCAAACCUAAAUCGCUGUGGUUUUCGAGGCUCAUCAUACCUGGGUAUUCCAUUCAAUCCAUCAAAGAAUCCUGGAACAGCUCAUCCUUAUGAUAGUGGCCACAUAGCAAUGACCUACACUGGCCUUUCAUGCUUAGUUAUUCUUGGAGAUGACUUAAGCCGAGUGAAUAAAGAAGCUUGCUUAGCAGGCUUGAGAGCACUUCAGCUGGAAGAUGGGAGUUUUUGUGCGGUACCUGAAGGCAGUGAAAAUGACAUGAGAUUUGUGUACUGUGCUUCCUGUAUUUGCUAUAUGCUCAACAACUGGUCAGGCAUGGAUAUGAAAAAAGCCAUCACUUAUAUUAGAAGAAGUAUGUCCUAUGACAAUGGGCUGGCACAGGGAGCUGGACUUGAAUCUCAUGGAGGAUCUACUUUUUGUGGCAUUGCAUCACUAUGUUUGAUGGGUAAACUAGAAGAAGUUUUUUCAGAAAAAGAAUUGAACAGAAUAAAGAGGUGGUGUAUAAUGAGGCAACAAAAUGGUUAUCAUGGAAGACCCAAUAAGCCUGUAGACACCUGCUAUUCUUUUUGGGUGGGAGCAACUCUAAAGCUUCUGAAAAUUUUCCAAUAUACUAACUUUGAGAAAAAUAGAAAUUACAUCUUAUCAACUCAAGAUCGCCUCAUAGGAGGAUUUGCCAAAUGGCCAGACAGUCAUCCAGAUGCUUUGCAUGCAUACUUUGGGAUCUGUGGCCUGUCACUAAUGGAGGAAAGUGGAAUCUGUAAAGUUCAUCCUGCUCUGAAUGUAAGCACACGGACUUCUGAACGCCUUUUAGAUCUCCAUCAAAGCUGGAAAACUAAGGAUUCUAAACAGUGCUCAGAGAAUAUACAUAUUUCCACAUGACUGACUUUAGUUUGGGAGGGUGGGGGGAUUUGUAGCACAACUGUAGCUCAAGGUUAAAAGCCAUGUAUAACCAAGUGUGCUCUUUUUUUAAGAGGUAGUCUUACAAUCAAAUCUCAUACUGAUGUCACUUUGGGAUAUGGUCUUGAGCCCAUAACCUUUGUCCUGGGUUUCAAGAAAAUCUUUGUUGAAGUUUGAGCCACAACUCUGUCGUGGUUCUUAAAUGUUUAUACUGUAUUUCUAAGAUGUUCUUUGAGCAAAUUAACUGUAUGUAUGUAGGUUAUCUUUUUAAAAUUCUUCAGUACAAAUUAUAUCUUAUGAAAUGGACAUGAAUCUUUAAAACAAGUUUACACUUCAUAUAGCAUUGAUAAUCUUCAGGUUGAACACUUAGUGAUCAUUUUAAAAGCUUGACUGCUGAUGGUAGAAUAUUUGCUUUAAUGAAUUAAGAAUCUGGGAUUAUUUGAAAACAGAUAGAUUCCAUAAUUUUUUAAAGAAGAGUGACUUAUUUUAUUCUUAAGUAAAGUGUGCCAAUUAAACUUGUAUGGACUAUACAAAUGCAAUUAAUAACUUCAUAAUAAGAAUAAAUAGGCUUAACUAAUAUGGUUUUCUAAAGGGAGAUCGUUUUAAGAAGACUAUUAUGUAACAAAGAAAAGGAAUUUAACUGUAUGUAAUUGUGAAUGAGAAAGUUUUGUGCUGUGUGGGUCAUUUACUUACAUACUGCUUUGGUGAAUACAGUUAUAUUUGAUUUUAUUCUCAAAUCAUUAGUUGCCUUUUUUGCUUUCUGGAGAAAAAACAAUCUCUUUUGCCUAGAAGGAAAGACAUUUAGUGUUUUUAUUUUUCUGAGAUAUGUGAUACUGUAAAUUGUACUUUUUAUAACUGGGUUUUUUUUUUAGCCAUUUGGAUGUUUUUCUUUUUUUAGUUUGUUUCCCUUAGUGUAAGUGGUAGCUGCUCUAAUUUCAAACUAAUAAUUUUCUAAUUUUUUCAAAUUAAAUACAAAAACAGAACCACUCAAGUAAAUUCAGUGGUACAACUCUAUACAUGGUCAUUUAUAUUUUUAUAUUUUCAAGUGAGAGGGAAAUGUAACCAUUUAGAGGGUAAAAACUGCGGUUUGGUUUUGCUUGUUGUUUUGUUUUCUGACGUCUGUGAACUUACUAAUUAUAAAGGAGAUAGUAUAAAAACUUUUUAUUAGUAAUCAAUUUAUCAAUAAAUGAUAUUUAUCACUUG